UCAUCAAGUCAAUUUCUGUUGUAGGGGACAGAUUACUUGAUAUACCGUGUAACGUAUGCGGUGACCGUAGCUCUGGAAAACACUACGGCAUCUACAGUUGCGACGGUUGUUCAGGAUUCUUCAAGAGGAGCAUCCACCACAAUCGAGAGUACAUUUGCAAGGCCGAGGGCUCUAUGAAAGGGCGCUGCCCAAUUGACAAGACGCAUAGGAAUCAAUGCCGUGCAUGCCGUCUUGCUAAGUGUUUCGAAGCCAACAUGAAUAGGGACGCAGUACAACAUGAGCGUGGACCAAGGAAGCCAAAACAACACCAACAACAGUCACCAAUCACAACACCAAUACACAAUGACCGAUUAAGGACUGGUCUUGGCUCCCCUUACGUUCUAUCACCCCACAGAAGGUUCAGAUGUGACCAGAGGUUCACACCUUAUCCACGACCAGUGGCACUGGUACAGAAACCACCGGAGGACUCUCCAUCCCCUGCACCAUUGGCUCUACCACAUUCUCCUUCGACCACGACCCUCUACUCAGCACCCCCAACCGUCACCCUGGCACCACAACCACCCCUUCUUCAGAUACUAAUGUCCGCCGAGAAGUGCCAGGAACUCGUAUGGAAUGCACGACUACAACCGGAAACAGAGUAUUCCCUGGAACAGACGGAAACUAGUCACAAUUCGACGGGGACUUCACAAAAUCCCAAUCCCACGCGGGAGCUAUUACAGGAAACAACUGCUCGUCUACUGUUCAUGACUGUAAGAUGGGUUUGUUGUCUACCACUUUUCCAGUCGCUAUCAAAAAACGAUCAAUUAUUAUUGCUCGAAGGAUCCUGGACACAACUUUUUCUUCUUCACCUAGCACAGUGGUCCAUAUCCUGGGACAUUACCGGGCUAUUAGAGGACGAACAGAUACGUGGAAGAUUUUCAAAGGAUGAAGUUGGAAUAAAUCAAGAAUUAAUUAUCAUUCAGGCUAUAGUAUGCCGUUUUAGACAGCUCUCCCCUGAUGUCGGUGAAUGUGGAUGCAUGAAAGCAGUAGCAUUAUUUACUCCAGAAACGGAGGGUCUCCACGCCACGGAAUCGGUCAAAAUGUUGCAGGAUCAAGCACAGUGCAUCCUGGGGGAUUACACAACAUCCCGUUAUCUACGACAACCAGGUAGAAGCGGGACGUUAAUGUACCUGGUCGGAUAUUUAAAGUCCGUCUCGUCGAAGACGGUUGAACGUUUGUUUUUUCACGAAACAGUAGGUGAAAUUCCAAUUUCUCGUUUGCUCGUCAACAUGUACCAAAUGGAAGGACACACGACUUGAAGAUUCUUGAUAAAUGGUAACAAUUUCUUCGUGGCUUUCCAAAACUCUUCCAGGUCUUUUGAAUUAUCACAAGGGACGAGAAAAGUUUUCGAAAGACCUGUAACCAAAGACUGUGACUGUAUGAAAAGUUUCUGAUCUUUUCACGAGUAGCUUUUAGAAUUCUUUUUAAUAAUGAAAUAUCUGCGGUUCGUGUUUCAUUAGAUUGUAUUAAACACUUAGUUACAUAGCUUUAUCAGCAGUGUAUCUUGUAAAUGUUUAUUUAAGAAUUAGUAGAGUUCGUAGUUUCUGCAAACUGUAAAUUGUGAACAUAGUAUAUUUAUUUUUCGUUAUUAUUUGUUAAUUACAUUGUACCAUUAUAAAGUGUAAAUAUAUUAUUUAUUAUAUUGUUCGUUAUCGUCGUUUAGAAGAUAAUGAUUG